GAGGUCUGGAGCAACAAGGACUUUUUCAAGUCAAUGGAAAUGCUGAGACAGUGGAGUGGCUUCGGCAGAGAUACGACAGUGGAGAAGAAGUGGAUUUGGUUAAGGAAGCAGAUGUUCCCUCAGCUAUUAGUCUUCUUAGGUUUUUCCUUCAAGAACUUCCUGAACCUGUUAUCCCUGGCAGUUUGCAUAUUCACUUGAUGCAGCUUUCUCAAGAUUAUAAUAACGAAGAUGAAUUUGGAAGAAAGUUGAGGUUCCUCUUGCAACAGCUUCCACCUGUUAAUUACAGUUUGUUAAAGUUUCUGUGUAGAUUUUUAGCCAAUGUAGCAUCACAUCAUGAAGAAAUUUGGUCUGCAAACUCUUUGGCUGCUGUCUUUGGUCCAGAUGUCUUCCACAUUUACACAGAUGUGGAAGAUCUGAAAGAGCAAGAAAUAGUGAGCAGGAUAAUGGCUGGACUUCUGGAAAAUUACUAUGAGUUUUUUGAAAAUGAAGAGGAAGACUUUUCAUCUAAUGAUUUGAGUUCAAUUACUGAACAGGUUAAUGAACUUUCUGAGGAAGAAGAGGAAGAUGAAAAGCUGGAACAUAUAGAAGAACUUCCAGAAGAAGGAGCAGAAAAAUCAAAUGACAUGCCAGAGGUGGUACAAUUAAGGAUGACUGAAAACAUCCUGGAAGCAAAUAGUGUUACAGCAUCAACAAGUGCCCAUAUAUCUCCCACCAGCAUCUUACCAGCCUCUGCAGACAUUUUAGACAGAACAAUUAGAACAACUGUGGAACAGCACCUUUUUGAUCUGCAGAGCAGCAUAGAUCAGGAUCUUAAUUUACAACAGCAAAGUCUGGUGUGUAAUAAUGAAGCAGGAAGUAUUAAUUGUGAUGGGGAAGGAUCUAAUAACCAGGUUGAUAUUGCUGAUGAUAUUAUUAAUGCCAGUGAAAGAAGCAGAGACUGCUCAGAACCUGUGGCCAGCGCUAAUUUAGACAAUGAAGUUAUGCAGCAAGAUUUUGUAUUUGAUGAUGAAGAAAAUAACCAGUCUGUAGGUAUACUGUUAGAGCCAUGUGGUGACCAUGGUGAUAGUGAAGAUGGCUGUCUUGAGAGGAAAGAAUAUUUGUCAUUUGACAGUGAUAAAUUGUCGCACUUAAUUCUGGACUCUUGUACCAAGAUGUGUGAUUUGAAUGCCAACACUGAAUCAGAAGUGCCAGCAGAUCAAAGUGGUGUUCAAGGAGAAGCAACAUGUGUCCAAAUUCCACAUUUAGAUCUGAAGAAUAUUUCUGAUGGUGAUAAAUGGGAAGCAUCAUGCCCUAUCACUUUCCCCCUCAUUGAUUUCAAAACAAUGCAUCUGCAGAGAGAUGGGGAGGGUAAGUAUGUUUUCCAGCCUUCUUACAGUGAUAUUGCAGCUAACCCAAAGGUAUUAAAAUGGAUGACAGAGCUUACCAAACUGCGGAAGCAAAUUAAAGACGCAAAACACAGAAGCUCUGAUGGAGAAUUGUUACCUCAGACACGUCCACGUAGUAACACUCUUCCAAAAAGCUUUGGCUCUUCUCUAGACCAUGAGGAUGAAGAGAAUGAAGAUGAAUCCAGGAUCAUUCAUAAGGAGAAGAAGCCAUCUAAGGAAGCAACACUGGAACUUAUUCUGAAAAGACUGAAGGAAAAACGUGUUGAGAGGUGUCUUCCAGAAGAUAUCAAAAAAAUGACAAAAGAUCAUUUGGUAGAAGAGAAAACUUCUCUCCAGAAAAGUCUUCUUUACUAUGAAAGUCAACAUGGAAGGCCGGUGACCAGGGAAGAGAGGCACAUUGUUAAACCUCUCUAUGAUAGAUACAGACUUGUAAAACAGAUGUUGACAAGAGCUAGCAUCACUCCUAUCCUUGGAUCUCCAUCCACCAAGCGAAGGGGUCAGAUGUUACAGCCAAUCAUAGAAGGAGAAACUGCACAUUUUUUUGAAGAAAUCAAGGAAGAAGAAGAAGAAGGUGUUAGUCUGUCCUCUGAGUUAACUGAUAUAUUGCAAACUGCUGUACAGGCACAGUCUUCAUUAGAAAACUCAGAAUCUGAUGUGGAGGAAAAUCAAGAAAAACUGGCUCUGGAUCUCCGAUUGUCAAGUACUCGAGCAGCAUCUAUGCCUGAAUUACUGGAACAACUUUGGAAAGCCAGAGCUGAAAAAAAGAAACUACGUAAAACAUUACGGGAAUUUGAAGAAGCAUUUUAUCAACAAAAUGGAAGGAAUGCCCAGAAAGAGGAUCGUGUUCCAGUACUUGAGGAGUACAGGGAGUACAAGAAAAUUAAAGCCAAGCUUAGGCUUCUUGAAGUUCUUAUCAGCAAGCAAGAUUCUUCAAAAUCCAUAUAAAAAUGCUUGAAACAUCAUAAACUCAGUUGUAUUCCCUAAAAUUAUCAUCGUGUGUAGCUGGCUGGUACUUUUUGUCAGGCACUCAGAAUCUCAUUUUGUAAUUGGUUGUGGUGCCACUAGAGAAAUGAUGGGGGGAGGGUAAGUAGACCCUCUCUAGGGAGCACAAUGUUCCAUAUUAACCACAGACUGUUCUCUCCACCUUUCACAAACAUCCCGUUUUCUUCAUUGUUUUGUACUACAGAUACAUCCUAUUAGAAAAGACUAGUAUUUUAUCCUCAACCUCAAGGACUUUGGAAGUACAAGCUUUUUGUUACUACCAACUUCAUUGUUUUUUUUCAUUACGGAAGAAAAUUAAGAGGAAAAUCUUCACAUUGAAUUCUUUGGUUGCCUUUUUCUUACACAAUGACUGAAAAUUUGAAAGAAAAGCAUAUAAAUGUGCACAUAUGCUCCAUGUUCUAUGUUUUCUUCGAAAACUAAAAUCAACUGAAAUUUCAAGUCUUACUGUGGAACACAUUUCUGUUUAAUUCCCAAAGUAACACUUUUUCACAGGUAGUAUGUUAACAAUUCAGUGGUCACACAGCUCCUGGAUCAAGAUAAGAGAGGUUAGACCAAAAAGUGACCUUGCUUAUUCGUAUAGUGAAAACACACAGAACUGAAUCAUACCACAUGCUGCUUAUGGGACUUAAAUUACUAUUUGUUUUCUCAGCUACUGUUCAUCAACUGGUGAUGAUGUGAUUUGUCUGGAUCAGAUCCUCCAUAUUUUCUCCCCACUGACCUUCAUCCAGAUAAUAUGAGUAAAGAACCAUGUCAGUAUGUAGGAACUCGGAUGGUACUCAGAUUUGUGAUUUCAAUUAAAUGGGCCGAAAUUGGCAAAAGAAUCAUUAUGCCUGAAGUAAAUCUGUUCUUAACAAGGGCUAUACCACUGCAUUUUUACACGUACCUUUAGGAGGUUGCAUCCUUUUUUUCUCUUAAUCAGCAAAAUCUAUAAAGAAAACAUCUUUUAAAGAGACCACUUUUUGCUCAGUCACAUGUGUUUAAAGCGCUGGUCACAAGAUGUGUAGUGGUGUGCCCCUUGUUAUAUACUCUAAGUAUAUCUUGUUUUCUUUGGCUUUGCAUGGCUUUUUCUUUGAGUACUCACGAGGUAUGAUUCUGCUAAUCAUUUUCACAGAACGGUGACGUUAUUUGUGUUAACAAUGUAACUCAUUAAUAGCAUAUUCCGGUCAGGCUCAAUCUAAGUGUUCAUUUUUUUCUGGUGCUUUUUUGGAAUGAUGAGUGUCUUACUUUGAUUGUGCCCAUGUUUUGCAUGUAAUGAUUCAUGCUUGGUUUUCUUAACUAGGUAAUAUUAACAAUUUGUUCCAUACAAAAAUGGACUUUUGCAACAUCCUUUAAUAAGAUGAGGGAAGCAUGAACCUCCGUCUUCUGGCACUAUUGCAUAGUAAGCCCAUGAAGUAGCUUGAUAAUAAGUAGUAUUUCUAGUGCUUCAUAUUUCACCUGUGUGUGCAAUGUCUUUUUUGCAGGGAGGGAAUAUUCAUUGGUAGUGAACAUGUAGUUAAGGAGUACAGCACUAAAUCCUGCCCUUUGCAUGUCCUUUCUUUUGAUGCAGCUAGGUCAUUCAUAAUGUAUACCUAGACAAAUGAAAUUGAGAAUGCCAAAAGAUUACUUUGAUUUAAAUCCAUCAUGCAGUGUGCAUUUAGUUAAUUUCUAUCACUCUCCAGGCAGGAGUAUAUCCAAACAUUUAAUGUGCACUGUAUAUUGUUUUAUAUGAAUGUUUUAUUUUAUAUACCACAUGCAAAAAUGUCCAUAUGCACUAUUUAAAUGUUUUAAAUAAUAUAUUCCUUCUUUGUAAUGCUAAAUCUAUAUGAGUACCAUAUUUUUAUAAGUCAGUGGCCUGACUGGUUUCAUUUUAAAAUUAACAGCUGCUUCAUGAUACUGGUUAUUCACUGUUAUUGUUUGGCUGUGAAUAGAAUAGAUAAAAGUGGCAUGGCAGCACUUAUGCUGUGUGACAAUAUUGUGUGUCAUAGUUGAGCUGUAGGUGGUAGAAUAAGGCAGUUUGUGAUAGUUUUACUUUGGUAUAAGUUAAAACUGAAUAUCUAUAUAUAAACAAUAUAUAGAUAUAUACAUGACUACCCAUAUAAUUGCAUUGAUGUCUGGCACUUCAUUGUAUAGACUUUUGUAAUAAAAGAACUUUGAUGUUCUAA